GUUAUGACCAGGGGCGGACUGACCAUUUGGAAACUCGGGCACUGCCCGAGGGCCUGGGGUCAGUAGCGGGCCCCAUGAGAUGCCCCCGGUACCUUUUUCAUAGGCUUUUUCGACUUUGGGGAAGGACACAGGGGCCCCAUGAUCCCCUAUUGCCCGGGGGGCCCAUGAGUUGUCAGUCCGUCCCUGGUUAUGACACAUGCUUUUUUGGGUGUAGGUCAGGACACCGGGGCCCCAUGAUCCCCUAUUGCCCCAUGAGUUGUCAGUCCACCCCUGGC